AGAUGACGAUUAUGUUGCACGACGUGCAACGCAUAUUGGGCAUUUCUAUUGAUGGUUCUCUGCCGGCUGAGCCUUCGGAGGCGGAGUGGGAGGUUGGUAUCACCAAUCUGGUCGGCGAGCCUCUGUCUGAGCUUCGACGUAAAGGUUCAUUCACCAGCGGAUGCAUAAGCGUUGCUGAACUGAUGCGACUGUGUCAUAGGUCGCAGGCCUUGGAUACCCAGACCACAGCGUACUACAUGGCUGUCAUCGGCUCUACCUUGUUGGCGGAUAAGACCAGGACUGGCAUGCGACCUCACCCGAUAGUUGUCGUCAACGACGAUGAACAGGACGUGGCCUGGGGUGCGGUGACCUUGGCGUUCUUGUACAGGCAGCUCGGAAUGGCAUCUAGGGCUGGUUGCAAGACCAUUGCUGGAUGCCUCACAUUGCUCCAGACAUGGAUCUAUGAGUACUUCCCCGCUUUCCGCCCUCAUCCUCGCCGAGAUGAUGUGCCAAACAUGACUAGGGCGGAGAUGUGGACGCCGAAGAAAGUAGGUCGUGAGCUGGACAGGUUGAUGGAGUUCCGCAAGGUUCUGGACUCAAUGACAGAGACUCAGGUUGAAUGGACUCCCUACAAUUUUUCUGCUGCUGCGUUGCUGAAUGAGCACCCACGCACCACAGUCAUCGGGGGUAUCACCUGCUUUGAUGUUGUGGAGGUGUAUUUGCCGGAGCGGGCAUUGCGACAGAUUGGGUUCGUGCAGUCUAUUCCUCCAGCUCCUAUUAGACCAGCCAAGGCUCUUCGACCGGCACACGGAACCUACUCCGUGACCUUUCCUUCUUCUGCUGCUGCAUUUGUGGAGGCGUGGAGUAGGUUCCCCUACAGUGCCCGCCUUGUAGAGCAGGGACUUCGACGGGCUACUGUUCCUUCAGAGACUGAACCUAAUUACGUUGAAUGGUUUAGAGUGUGCUCGCACCCGUACAUAUCCCGAGACGAAUUGCUGGCUUCCGGUCCUGGUCCUGGUCAGAGCAGAUCUGAUUACGUGAGUUUUAUUAUCAAUUUUUUUUCCAGGUUCUUUUUUUUAAUGAAUUAAUA